GUGAAUGUGAAUGUGACUGAUGCUGUGACCAUAAAUGUGGAGCGAGGAAUCUUUCAGCUGACAUAUUACAUGGCUGUAAAGUUUGUUUACGAAAGCUUUACAACGUUUUUGCGUAGCAAAAGGUUCAUUAAUUUAGUUUAAAAGGCAUUUCGAUAAAAUGUGAAUGCAAAAUGCUAUCGAUAACAUGCGUGUUGCCAGUCGAACAACGAAAUUAUUGAAUAUUCCGCAUUAAAUUUGAUAAGCGAUUAUCGAUUUCUUUUCUUGCCAAUGAUAUUUAAAUAUGCUUUAUAAAACGAGCUCCUUACAUUGAAAUGCUUUGAUAUCGUUCACUUGAUGCUAUCGAUAAAAUACUGUCGAUAGAACUAGUAUGCCUAAUCGAAAUGAAUAAGUUUUCACAAGCGAUAAUAAUGAAUUGGUAUAGGUUGCAUGUGUAUUGUUCAUGCAGAUGUCAAAACAAAUGUUAUCGAUAACCCAACCGAUUAUCGAUAAAUUAUUACAGAGAAAACGCGUAAAGUUAUAUUGUUAAUUCGAAAAUGACAAGUAUCGAAUGUCAAUCGAUAAAUGUUUGUUCAACUAUCGAUAACAAUCGAGUCAAUCAGCUAUCGAUAGUUCGUAUUUACAUGGUAUCGUCGCCUGCCCUUAACGCAAUCAAUGCUAAAUUUAGAUACACAAAUUCUUGGGUGCGUUGACUGCGAUGGGGGUACGUAGCCCCUUGACAUGGCGAGUCUCCCAGCGAGAGAGAGAGAGAGGCAGCGAGAGUGCGAGAGCGAGAUGGAGAGAGGCAGCCGUUAAGCUAAUUCGCUGUUGAUUACCUAAAUUAGCGAAGUGAGUGACAGCGCGAAGCGCAGCCGAAAUACUCACUCAUUCAGCAAUUGAAUAGGUUCAUGAAUGAUGUCCGAAAAAAACAAAAUAAAAAAAAAAAAAAACAAAAAGAGUAAACAGUACAAAUGCCGUGUGCAGAUACGCAGAGCGAAGGUAGACUGAAUGACAAAAUGGAAAAUAAAAAAUAGAAAUAAGGCGAGCUGCGAACAACGAACAACGAACGGAGGAGCUUCGAGCAAAACAAAUUCACUUUUUCAGACAAUGUAUUCAGUGCAGGGGCGACAUUCGCAGCGGCAACGAAAGCGACAGCCAUAAACACACACCCGCACACACACACACACACACACACACACACACACGCACACAGAGAGGGAGACACACACACACACACACACACAAACGGACACAGACACUCGCUUAGCAGUGCAUUUAGCAGGCGAAGUCCCGCCCUGCCGCAAGCCAGUUCAAGUCUAGCGCACAGUUCCGCCGGAAAUGGCCAAAUUAGUGACUUACAUCUUUAUCGCCAGCUCGCUGUUGCUCUGGUAUCUGCUGCUCUUUGGCGGCUCCAGAGCUGGCAGCAACAGCAUCCUGCUGGGCGCCGAGGCAACCAAUGGCCAUGGCAGCCAGCUGGAGGGACGCGAUUUUCAUCAUCAUGGCGGCAGCCAUCACAUACGACGCAACAUCAAUCACUGCUGGCGGCGCUACGAUGGCUACAAUCUACAGAACACCAUCGUCAACAAGAAGGAGCAGCUGAAGAAACCGUAUGGCAUUCUGUGCAACUUCAAGUGCACUUGGUUCUUUACAAUAAGCUAUCCCACUUGCGAAUUCAUCUACGACUACAAGUUAUCCUGCGUCCUGUUCACUUCACUGCCCGAUUGCACCAACGUCAAGUGCACGCUCUUAAACUAUUUCAGCUAGAUGCUAGCGUAGAAUACCCUAGCUAUCGGCCAGCCCGCGGGGUAUAUUGGGCCCCGUCUCGGUUGGUCGGUGAGUUAAAUAUAUUGUUAGCUAUUGUACUCAAUUUCUAUUUAUAUAUCUAGUUCAUAA